CGGGGUAAGCGCUGGACUAGCCCCGACCCAAUUUCUGAUGCGCCCUCACGUUAACACUGGUAAGAAACAGGCAGCUCUUCCCCAAGAAGCGGGAUGGCAUUUCUCGGCAUCUGUGGGAAGGGGGCCCGGGACAAAUCAGGCCAAGAGGCGGCGCAUUCCGCCAGGCAUCGGCACACGUGUCCCCCUACCCCGGCGCCCCGGCCCGCCCCCGCGCUCCGCCCCAUCCAGAUCUAGCCGGGUCCGCCAACGCUCGCGAGAAUCCGCUCGGCUGCUACGCUUGCCACGUUCCAAAGGACCGAGACAGCCUGGAAAGCUGAAGGCGGCUCGAGCUCACAGGCUGCGGCGCCGCGCCAGAACAGCUCCAAGUCUGCAGGGGGCGGGCAAGCGCGGCAGGGUCCGGCCCCCUCAUAGUGGCGCUUGCGAUUGGCUCGUAGCCGUCGUCACUCAACUUCUGUGGGCGGGCCGAGGCCGGGCGGGGGCGUGGCCGAGGGGCGGGGAAGCCGCGCGCGCUCGCCUCCGUAGGGAGUCACAGGUUCGGCGCACGCGAGGGCCUGGCGCGCGCAACCUGCACGCGGGCGAAAGUCCUCGGAGGCGCGGCGGGAGGUGCGGAGGCACUGACGCUGCUGCAGGAGCCCCGGCCCGCGCCGAUCCAGCGCCCGCUGCCGUCGGCCGCCCCCCAAGAUUCCCCAACACUGAGGAAGACUCCCCCUUCCUCGCCCCCAGUCCUCGCCAGCCCCCGCGGAACGCGCCAUGGCCCCGCGCAAGAAUGCCAAGGGCGGCGGCGGCGGCUUCACCACCACGAGCAGCAGCAGCAGCAGCGGCUCCAGCAGCAGCGGCGGCGGCGGCGGCACGAGCACUAGCAGCAGCAUCGGCAGCUGCAGCACCAGCACUCGGAGAGAUUGAGGUGGAGGCCCUGGGAACAUGGUGGGUGAGUGGAGAUGAACCAGCACCACAGUUACUAGAGCCAAAGCAUGGACACAGGAAUGGGAGGAAAGGAGGACUCUCGGGAAGCUCAUUUUUCACAUGGUUUAUGGUCAUCGCAUUGCUGGGAGUCUGGACAUCAGUAGCUGUCGUUUGGUUUGAACUUGUUGAUUAUGAGGAAGUGCUAGCCAAAGCAAAGGACUUCCGUUAUAACUUGUCAGAGGUACUUCAAGGAAAACUAGGAGUCUAUGACGCUGAUGGUGAUGGAGAUUUUGAUGUGGAUGAUGCCAAAGCUUUAUUAGAAGAACCUGGUGGGGUAGCCAAGAGAAAAACCAAGGCUAAAGUCAAAGAACUCAUUAAAGAAGAGCUCAAGAAGGGAAAAGAGAAACCUGAAUCAAGGAGGGAAAGCAAGCAUGAGGAGCGAAAAAGGGGGAAGAAAGAAAAAGAAGACAGCCGGAAGGGUGGGAAAAUUGCUGCUUCCGAUGUGUCCCGGAGAGAGUCUCCCGCCGGCAAAAAGAGCAAAGAAAAGGAGAAAGCGGAAAGUGCCAAGACCAAGGAAAACAGGAAAAAGUCAACACCAACAAAGGAUCUUUCGAGUAAAAUGGCACCCAGAGACACGGAUGACAGAAAGGAAAGCCGAAGUUCUACCAGACUCACAACCUUGGCAAAGGGAAAUAGCCACAAGAGAAAGAACUAACGCUCUGACGUCAUCCCAGGAAAUGGUGGUAUUCUUAAUCGUGAUUGGCCGCAAAAACGGGCCUCAAAAAGGUAGCCUUGCCCAGGUUGGAAAAGACAUGUAAAUUAGUCCUGGAAUGUAUUUAUUGGUGCUCAGCAGGUACAUUCUUUGAAAUUUAAAUAUAAUGUCUCAUGCUUCUAAAUUAAAAAAUUGAAGCUUUUAAAAUGUAUGUCAACAUUUGUAAUAAUUUGUUUUUAAUUUAUUGAUCAUGAAUUGAUACACGUGUUGUAUAAUAUGAAUGAUAAUGGAUCUGUUAGUAUAUUGAUUUGAAUGCCUUCAUCGGGGCUAAACAAAUAAGAAAAAAGUAUUAGUGUUUGAAAUAGUUGUGUCUCUGCCCAUGACUUCCAAGUUUGCUGAAUGUUCCUGUGGACAGGAAAGGCAACUUCUUUCUGCUGGCCCUUUGUGUCCCUUCCUCCUUUGCUUUUCUACUUCUGCCUCUUUUCCUCCCUCCCUCUCUCCUCCCCUCCCCAGCUCUUUUGUGGGCACCCCACAACCCCACCCUGUUUAUGAACCCCAACCCACCAACCUGCUUAUGGCCUCCUCCCUCUUCCCCCAUUCCUCCAGACCCUGGCUCCUCCUGUUCUUUCAAGGCCCCACUUCCUCUUGCAUUUCCUGGGUUCUCUCCCUGCCCACUCCACCUCUUUUAAGUCUGAUCUCUUCUCCCUCAGUCUCUUUCUGUCUCCUUUACCUCUUUUCCCACCCCUGUAUGCCACCUCACUCCUCACUGCUCCUCAACUAUUCUUCCCUUUGUGACCACUUCCCUCCCUUCUCUCUGUCUUCCAACAAAUAUUUACCAUGAGCCAGAUACACUGAUCUGAGAAACCCGAAUGUAGUCAUGAAUACAAGAGAAAAUUCUAUUUAUAAGCACAAUUUCAGAACACUUUAUUCGUGGUAUCUUUACAGACACAGUAUAGUUAUAGAAAGGCUUUAAUUAUUUCAAAUUAGGGCAUCCUUACAUUUUAUAUCACCAUUUUUUCAUUGUUAUUCUUGUAUAGAAUCUAUAUUUCAUAUUUGUAUCAUAAUUUUUUAUCAUUUCUUAAUAAUUGAAAAUUUGAGAUCUAAAUAGAGAUCAGAAUUUCAGCUCAUUGAAAACAUGUAAUAAGUGAAAUUUCACUAAGAAGUGUAUUUCUGCAAGUGGUUUUAGUGUUUGUGCAUGAAGUUUUUUGUUUUUUUUUUUUUUUUUUUUUUUUUUUUUUUUUUUUUGACAGGCAGAGUGGACAGUGAGAGACAGAGGGUCUUCCUUUGCCAUUGGUUCACCCUCCAAUGGCCGCCGCGGCCGGCACGCUGCGGCCUGCGCACUGCGCUGAUCUGAAGGCUGGAGCCAGGUGCUUCUCCUGGUCUCCCAUGGGGUGCAGGGCCCAAGGACUUGGGCCAUCCUCCACUGCACUCCCUGGCCACAGCAGAGAGCUGACCUGGAAGAGGGGCAACCGUGACAGAAUCCGGCGCCCCGACCGGGACUAGAACCUGGUGUGCCGGCGCCGCUAGGUGGAGGAUUAGCCUAUUGAGCCGUGGUGCCGGCCCUGUGCAUGAAGUUUUUAAUUGUGACAUGAAAUGCAGCUGACAUUGAGAGCAACCUGUUUAUUAUAACAGAAUUGAAAAUGCCCCAAAUAUUUUAUUUUUAUAAAAUAGCUUUUAAUGUUUUCUAUGAAGAGCUUAAAGAUCCAGUUUUUGACCUCAUCAAAGGUACUUAAGCAAAAAUGAGUAAAUUUCAAGUAUUACUUAAUAGCACUGUACACCUUUUACUGACUGAAAUCAAAUAUUUAGACAUGGUUGACAAAUCCAACUUACACAAUAGAAUUCAAACUGGAAAUCCUAGAGAAUAUGUAACCCAAUACCUUCAUCUAAUCUAAUCCUGUUGUUUUAUUGGGUAAAAACUGAGGCUCAAAUUGUAACAUUCGUGACCAGUCAGGAUUUUGCUGUUGUUAUUAUUGAUUCCAAUAAAACAGUGAAUCGGAAGUAAGUUUUAUGGCUCCUUUGGUUGACAAACACAGGGGUCCUGACCUCAGGCAAAUAGAUCCGAAGUCCAGCCCUGUAAUCAGAACUCUCUUGCUCCUUAGCUCUCUUCCCAAGUGUUGGCUCUGCUGGCUUCUGCCCGGCUUUACUGUGUAUGGAGAUUCUACCACUUCCUGAACAGGACAUUCUCAGCACCAGCCAUAUCUUUCCAGCUUCUCCACCCUCCUGUAAGGAGGCGGUUUUCUGGGAGUGCCAUAGUGGAGAAGUCAAGAAUUCUGCCUGGCCUGGUUAGGCCUGGUGAGUGCCCAUGACCCUUAUGUUAGCUGGGGAGUUAGACUUCCCAGCCUUGUUCUGGUGGUGGAGAUUGAGUGGGUGACAACCCAAACUGCAGAAGAAGGGUUCCUGGGACAAGAAGAGGGAGACGGUGACUGAGAAAUGGAUGGAACAGCAGAGCAAAACCGAUUCACACCACACGUAUACAAACCACAAAAUUUUCAAAAUUCAUCCUGAUCUUUGAUCUUGCUGCUGAGAUAAAUGGGUUGAUUUUAUUUAUGGGUGAAAUUUUCAGAGCUACUCUCUCUUUUUACAGGCUUUUUUUUUUCUCACAUUAGAGCAGAGAAUUAUAUUUAAUGAGGGCAAUUUGAGUAGUUUUCAUCAUGGUAUUUGAAAGACAGGCUAUGGAGCAGAAAGUAGCUAAGUCCUAAGUCUAAGCAAAUGAGUGAAGACAUUUUAGAAUACCCUGAUCGGCAUGAGCACAUAGGUAUUAUCUGUUGUUCAGUCAAACACUUUGAAACCUUACGGUUUCAUCAUUUCCUUUGCCUAUCAGGACAAGAAUCAAAACAUCUCUGUUUGAAUGUUUCAGAAUAUUUCAGGAGCACUUGAGAUCAAGAACCUGAUUGGUUUCUUCUUUCCAUUUUCUUUUUCUCCCCCUCCCCCACUUUUUUUUUUCUUCAGUAAAUAAAAGGCUUAAACAAUUCAUUUGAAAUUGAGGACACACAAACUGCAUUGGCACUUAAGAUUCAACUAAAAACUUAGUAGGAGGUAAACUUUCAUCCUGAUUAAUGAGUCAAAAACAUGUUUGCGUCUUAGUUUUACACUACCUUGUAUUCUCUAGGAAGAUAUUUCUCUGUUAUUCAGUUUGCAUUGUUACCUAAUUAUAAUUAAAACCAGAAAGGUUAUUCUUUUAAAAUAAGCCAACUGAUGACAAAGACAAAAAUUUUGUAAUAGUAAUAGUAGGGACUCAGAAGAAAUUUUGAGGAAAACCUGAGAAGUAAAAAUUAAAUAUUCAGAAUAUAAGUUUAUUUCCUUAUAUCAACAAUGUUUUGUUUUAAUUUACAGUAUAAUACUUUGAAUUUUGAAAAAUUGUGUUAUCACAAUUUCCCUUAAACCUUAUGAUAACAUUUCACAUUUGAAUAGCCUAAUUGCCAUGAAGGUCAUUAGACUUAUGAAAAUGGUUAAUCACCUGUAAGCUUUGUUGAGAAUCUUUUUUAUCUGUUACUGUUCACAUCACUUUCUUUGAUAUCAUUGAUUUGUAUCAAUUUCUUUAGAGCAUCUUUUUUUUUUCUUUCUUGUCUAACCUUUGUGUUUUCCUUUACUUUGUGCAUGAAUCUUAAUUAUUUCUAAUAGGACUUAUAAUCAACUUCUUGAAAUUCUACCUUUUAAAAAUAUUCAUUAUUUAUUCAUUUGAGAGAGAAAGACUAUUCCUGUCCAUUGGUUCACUCCCCAAAUGCCCACAACAGCUGACUGGAGCAUGCUGAAGGAAGGAGCCAGGAGCUCAAUCCAAGUCUUCAUGUGGGUGGCAGGAACCCAAUUACUUGAGCCAUCACCACUGCCUCCCAGGAUCUGCUUUAGCAAGAGCCAGAUCUAGCAGCAAACCCAGGCAAGGUCUAAUCAUUAGGUCAGACUCCCCUCUCCCUUCCCUUUCUUACACAGGAUUUUCAGUUUUACUUUAUGGAUGGCUUGUGUUGUGUACAGAUGAUCCUGUGAACAUUAAACAGUGAGGAGAGAGACUGGUAGAGAAAUAGAUGUAAAUCAGUCUACAUGAAUACUGGGGAGAAUGACUUGAAUUAAAGAAGUGUAGAGUUCAUUGAUCAGACUUUGUACUAUUUAGAGGUUCUCAUAAUGAUUUCUUGGAUAAUAAAUAUUAUCUCUAGAAAUAGUUCUGUUAAAAAGAGUGGAAGUCAGAAAGUAUGACUUUUUUUUUUUUUUGACAGGCAGAGUGGACAGUGAGAGAGAGAGACAGAGAGAAAGGUCUUCCUUUUGCCGUUGGUUCCCCCUCCAAUGGCCGGCGCGGCCGGGCGCUUCGGGCGGCCCGCCGCGGCCAACGCACCGCGCCGAUCCGAUGGCAGGAGCCAGGAGCCAGGUGCUUUUUCCUGGUCUCCCAUGGGGUGCAGGGCCCAAGCACCUGGGCCAUCCUCCACUGCACUCCCUGGCCACAGCAGAGGGCUGGCCUGGAAGAGGGGCAACCAGGAUUGAAUCCGGCGCCCCGACCGGGACUAGAACCCGGUGUGCCGGUGCCGCUAGGCGGAGGAUUAGCCUAGUGAGCCGCGGCGCCGGCCCCAGAAAGUAUGACUUUUAAUUUUAUGUGUUUUAAGAUAACUGUGACUUAGUCAUCUGUGAAAUGUGUCUGAUGGUUUAAGCUAUGUCUCGUGACUUUGCUUCCUUUCUUUUUUGUCCUCAAAUAUUCCUUCCCCUCCUCAUAUCUUUGGUUAUUUAGAUUUGGUUACUCAGAAUAUUUCGCUGUAAAGUGUAUGUUGGAGUUGGGGUUUCUGUCAUUUUUAUGCAGACAUUAACACCUGUCACUCAAGAUGUCUGUAAGAUGCACCUGAUGCUGCAUAUCUAUGAGCAACUGGCACUUCAUGAUGCCUCAACUUCCCUUUUGCCUCAACACAAUAAUGGUAAUUAAAUGGCUAAGAAAUUGGAAUCACUAAAAUUGGAAUCGCUACCUCUACCUUUGUCAACAGGUUGUGAGGUCUACCUCCCUCCCUUGUCCUUUGGAACAAAUUUAUCUGUGAAGUGGAUAUACUGGAUGUGGAUCUGUUCUCCUGAGAUGAUAGAGCAAAUGAAAGUACUUAUAAAUCUUAACCAGGCCUAAAGCCAUAGGAAUGGUUAACUUUAGAGAACACUGCACACCAUGGAAACACACGUUAGGAAAUCUAAGGGCUCGAAUGACAUUUAAGACAUUGCAAACUCUAAUCGUAAGUAUAGGGAAACAUGGAGAAGUUUCAUAACCAGCCAACUUAUGAAAAAAAAUUUUUAAGUUUGUUUGUAUUCAAAACACAUAUUCCCAUAGAAGCAAGUUGGUGGUUUUCAGAGGUUUUAUACUCCAGUGUGCAAAAGUCCAUUUGGUCCCUAAACCCCAGUCCUGCCAGUUUCCAUGUAACUGUUUCUAUGGAAAAAGACAUCUGACUUUCUCAGGAAAUUAGGAGCAUAUUUAACAGAUUUACUUUCAGGUAUUCCCCAGAACCUUUUGGAAACUUGUGUUAAAUCCAUUCAAAUUAGCUUAUGUGGAGAAGACAUUGAUUGCCUCAUGUAGUUGUAAAGCCCAGAUUGUCAUUGAGUUUUACUGAUCUAGGAAGGCAAGCGGUGCUCUGAAGCCCUCUGUCCACUCUGGACUCUAUCAGAGUGCUGGCUUCCUUGGAGGCAGAGCCCCACAUGCUCAUCUUUCAUUCUUAAUUCUUAUGGGGGUGUGGAUCACAAGGCCUGGGUCAUGCAAGUGUCCACUUGUUAAAACUGUUGAAUGAAAGAAAAUCAUUCCACAGAAGAAAACUGCUGUACUGUUCUCAAAAGAAGUGGGGUGAAUGGAGAGGUGUAGAGCAAGCUAACACAGUGCUUAUGCACAGUUCUUCAUCUGCACUAAAAGCAGCCAGAUCACAGAGUUUGUUUUCAAAACAACUUUAGCCAGUACCACCUGCUACUCCCUCUGCCCAGCUCUGUGUGCUGGGCUCCUCUGCACCUCCUUUAGGACCCAGCCUGGUGGUCAUGUCUGCACUCAGAUGUCCCCGACACUCCAGGGGGCUGCAUCUGCAUGCCUCAGUUACCACACUCAUCACCCUGCUUCAUCCUUGGGUUCUGCUGCCAGACUGAAUUGACUUCUAGUACCUACCUGCGUAAGUGACAGUGAUAGACUUGAAUGGGAAAUAUGGCAAACGGAGCCUUUAAAAAUACUCCAGGUCUGUGUACACUGUUGAAGAAUAGUAGAAGAAAAUGUUUAAAUUUUUAAAAAAGGAAAACCUAAAAGACUGUCCAGUAAUUGCCAUAUAUUUUAACAAUUUGGAAGUUGCCUACAGCUCUGUUCAUGUUACCGUGUAUGCAUGGGGGAGGUGAGUGUGAUAAAUUUGUGUAGAAGAAAUAAAGGAAAAAGAUACAUGAAUGCCAAAAUAUCAUAUUUUCAUAUAACUAUAAUAAUGUAUAAAGAUAAUAUUUAUUGCUUUUUAAAUAUCUCAUUUAAUCCUUAAAAAUAUUAUAACAGGAACUGUUUUAUUUUCUUUUUCUGUAUUUGUUGUAACUCAAGUGGUAGCAGUGGUAGUGUGCUUGAGGUGCAAUUCUAUGCCUGAGUGCCUAAGUUCCUUCUCACUGUUGUGUUGUGUGAGCUUUAACUGAAUUUUGCCCAUUGUUAAGUGAGGCCACUCCUUCCAUUCUUUGUGGAGUUCCUUCAUUUGUCCAGAAACCUGGCAAGUUCUUAGAAACCUUUUCAGCAGUGUAACUUUUUUGUGUGACUUUUCAUCAUCUCCUUUCUGAAAUCUGUGUAUCCAUCCUGGGUCACGUCAAGAUACUUUGAAUCUGGAAUAGCUCUCGGUGUUUGUCAUGGUGGAAUAUUUACUUCCUGGUAGUCUCAGAAUUUUUCUGAGUUCUGGAGCUGAUAUUGCUGUACUUACUAAAACCUGAAUUCACUAAUUUUACAAGCCAGAAGCAACAGAGAUUAGCAUGGUCAACUGGUAUGCAUGCCUUUCUAGAGUAUUGACUUUCCAAAAUGUUUCCCAAGUUCAGUGUACCUGCUAGUGUUCAUUGUGGGGUGGACUGAUUUCUACUGUGACUGCAUGUGAAGCAAUGGCAAUCCUAAGCACUUACCUAUCAUGAAUAAUGGCAACUGGAGUAACCUGAAUUGGCAAGAAAAUUUUUCUUCAGCCUGUAUACCAGUGAAUUGUAAACUAAAAUUGAGUUAAUUUUUUGUUUUAUUAAAUUGUUUUAGUUUUUAUGGGCUAUUUGUAUGAAAAUCCUAUGAAACAAAUUCCUGCUUAUACUCUUCCCCAGAUUUCAUUGAGGGAGCAGCUUGCAUAUAAUUCUUAGAAGUGUGUCAGGUGCAACAUCAACGUCCUCUCGAGGCCCACAGUCCUUGGGCCUUUCUGGCACUCACUCCCCGGGGUCUCCUGCUGCAUCACCCACCCUGCACCUUCUAAGCCAGCACAUUCCCAGGUGAGGGAUUUUGUGCUGUUCCUUCACCAGGGCGCCUCUUUCCCCCUGUGAGUCUCAUACCACAGCCUUGGUUUCCUCUAGGAUCUGUUCAGAGGUUAUUAGUGAGUCUCCCCAGUUGACUGAGCCCCUCCUUGUUUGCCUACCACCUUUGAGCUGCGUUGUCUCCAUGCCAUCUGUUUCUGUCCGAUUUCAAAAUAGUUUAUGUUUCUUCUCUUUUAAAUUGCUAUCUCCCUGUGGAAUGUAGGACUACUGUAUGUUUACUGUCGGACAUUGCCUUACAUUAAUAGUUGCUGAAUAAGUGUUUGUCGAAUGAAUGCAGUGUGCAAUUUAAUAAAAGCCAUUCUUAUUGUGUUUAUGGAGGGAAUAUGUUCAUUCUUUCCUGUUAUGUAUCUGCACAACAGUGAAUAAAGUAAGCUAAUUCUGGGCUACGGUAAUUGUGUCAAGUGAUCCACGAGUGCCUGAUUUUAUCUAUUUUCUAACUUCCAGUCUUAGUUAAAAUUGGAGGAAAGUUAAGUGGUUAUUAAGUGUAAAUUUUCGAAACAGAUUUCCACAUUUAGCUAAAGAACUAAAAACAAGGUGUGCUCGAAGGGAAUUGAUUUAUUUUCAAAAUCGCAUCAUGGUCAUUACGAUGGACUUGCCAUGCUCAUUCAGCACUAACGUCCAUGGCAGCUAUGUAGGGCCAUCCUGAUGGUCUCGCCAGCUUACAAGUGGAAGCAGGUCUCGUUCUGAGGACUAAAGCCAAAAGGGAAGACUGCCGGGAACUUCUAGAAAAGAUGUCCUCCAGCCUAAGAAGAGCAGAGCAAGAGUUGAUCCUUUCGCUUCUGCACAUCCUCUUGUCCAGAAGAGAAGCCCAGAGGAAGCCCAGCUGGCUUGAGCAUGAACCUAGCGCUGCCACCACCAUCUUGUAACAUCAGAGGACUUUCCUUCUUGCUGACGCUAUUGUGAGUUGAUGUCUUGAUAUAUGCAGCCCAGGAAUAUGAACACUGAUGAAUCUCAGUUCCUAGUGUAAUAAUGAAUGUUUAUGUCACUGCUACUUUAUUUCUUUGCUAUGUGUACUUCAUAAUAAAUCCACUUGGGAAACCUUUUGUUGACUGAGUUGGCCUUAUGAAUUAGUUCUGUUGUUUAGUUUUUACUUUUAGCCUUAAAUCUUAUGAACCAAAAGCAGCUUGGGUGGAAAAAAAUUGGGGGAAGGGUUCGUGAGGGUGGAACACUAGCAUAAAAGCUUGCAGGGCUGAUUCUUUAAAGCACUUCUAGUGCAGAGUGUGUUCUUGUUAACUUUUAAUGAGUUUGUAGGGAUACAAGGAGGGCAAUGCAUUCUGAUCCCAGUAUCUUUGAAACUUACCGUAUUGUUUUUGUGCUGAGUUCACCUCUGGAAAUAGCUGUGAACAGGUAUUAAUGAAUUUAUAAUUCAACUGCUACUUUGGAUGGAAAACAGCUCAAUCUUUUCUCCCAUUAGAUGCCUUUGUCUUUUGCUGUAAUGUUUCUCAUAUGAUUUACAAUUUCAGUUUUAAAGACAACUCCCAAUUGAGUUAGCAAAAGCCAACUAUUAGGAGCAUUGUAUGUCCGAAUAUCAGCGUACUAGUAGUCUUCAAACCUUUUAGCAUAGAACUUUUUUUCCCAGAUGAAAACUUUCUCCAAAUGUGGUAGCAAUAGGGUUUUCAGGCAGUUGGAAUUCUUAUCAUUUGAUGGGGAACUGUUGAGGUGCUGGUGUACUGUGGAGCACUGUUUGAAAACCUACUAUGUAUGAAGCUAGUGAGGGGUAACACUGAGUUUUCAUCACCACUGAGGUACUUCUGAGAGUGAAUAAUUAUUCUAGGACAAAAACAAACAGAAACCAAGCUGGAAUUGUCCCAGGCAAAUUAGGCUCAUGACACUGAAAUGGUGAAUUCUGGGGCAGCCAAAUGAUCUCUGGGAAAUAGUUCGAGAGAAAUUAAUGUGACUCCCCUUGCUAGACUGUAUAGCCCAAAGCCACUCUGGUGCUGCUUAGGAGCCUGGGCCCUCAGGGAACUGCUGCAUCCGUGUGGACUAGCACAGUGGCCACAACAAUGGGUGUGGUCUGCUCUGAGUCACCCUCUGCAUGCCCGGUGUUGCUGGGGUCCUCAAAUGCAAGAUCAAGUGCAUGAUCCUGUAGGCUCUUAAGCUUCAGCCAGUUCGUUCAGCAGAACUUGGCAGUGAACAGUUGCAACCAUGUCCCAUUGACAGUAGAGGGGUGUUAGAAUGGAGUAUUUCAGUAGCAAAGUGCAGAGGAGUUCUCAGCCCUGUGUUUAAAUUUGAAAUGUGGUGUAAGAUGGCAUCAUCCCCACCCCCUACUGGAGAAACUGAACUACAGUUAGGACCUGUGGGUAAUUGUGUAGGCUCCUUUUGCAACUAAUUUUCUAAUUAGAUUUACACUUAGAUGUAGAAGACAACUAUAUCAUGAGUGUUUGGUAGGUUUUAUGUGGAAGCACGGUUGGAAAUCAGUAGAGGAAAUAAAAGUGAUGCAGGGUUGGGGUUGGGGGCUGUUUCCUGUCUCAGUGUCAAAAUUCUAAGAGGAACUUGGGAGGGUGUUUUUGUCAAUGAAAGGAAAGAGAAUUUUAGGGGAAAAUACAUACAAUAAAAAGAACAAAAGCAAUUGAAAUGAGAAAUUUCCAGACUGCAAUAGCAUAUGUUCGUUAAGUGCUGUACAAAGGUACCUGAAGUUGGAAAAUAACCUCUUGGGUCUGUCUUGACCUCUUUGCACUAGUCUGCCACCAUGCACAACACUCCCUGUAGUGAUAGCCCCUCAGGUCCUGAGGAACCCUGGAGGCAGUAAAUGAAAUCAGACCCUUGACCCUUGCUUGAUUUUCUAAGUAGGUGCAUUUAAUUGAGGAUAUAUUUUAAUUUGGCACGUGUAAAAUAUCAAAGAAGUUAGCAUAACAUAUUUCAGAUUGAUGUUGCCUUUACAAUCCAUUUUCAUUAAUUUAUCCUGAUGUCUUAAUUUUCUUUGGGAUUGACUUUUAAAAAGGAAUUUUUAAAAAAUCUUUUAACUGUUAUAAGAUUACUUGGAGGUGUCACCAUUAGAAGAUCAUAAUUAUUUUCAUAUGCUUUCUUCUCUAUUUGUAGUUUUUCAAGAAGAAUAAAUUGUAUGUAAAUUAAAAUAUGAAGUGCACAUGAGUACCAAAGUUAAAGUGUAUCUUGGCUGUUCUCAUUGCUGAGGUCUGAGUCUAGGGCUUAAGAGUUAGCUUGAACACACAAGGAGCUGUUUCUGGCAUGUUUAGGUUGUAUAUUUUAGAGAUUUGUGAACAUUUAAACAAUAGCUUUUCUGAUUACUUCUGAAUGAAAGGCGAAUUUAGACAAGAUUUUAGACUCAUAUGAAGUUGAAGCAUUUUCCCACUUCAAUAUUUAUGCAUUGAAAACUAUCAAUUAUGUGUGCACAGCUGGUUAAAUGCUUGAGAAUAUUAUUUUUCCUGAUGUAACAUAUCAAAAAAGUAAGUAAGCUUAAGUUAACCUUGUGAAUAAAAAAUGCAGGACUUAAAGAAAGAUCUGCUAAAGAAAGAUUUGCUUCAGAGCGGAGGAUCCCGUCAGAGGAUACGGAACUGCAAGAUGAGCUGGAUGAG